GAGAAGCCACCGUAGAAGAAAAAGAGACGCCAUCCAGUAUAGGAAAACAUGCAAAAUUCAAGCAAGUUACAUGGAGGAAUUGAUAUCAUUUUUAUGGCGUAACGCCCGUUUAGAUGAAGACAGGGGCCGAGAUUUUGUUUUCAAUUUCAUGGCUGCUAUUUAUUUUUGUCGCGAGUUAGCUUGUAUGCGAAUAGGUUGCUAGCUUAUCAUCAGUGUGUCAUUUUUGCACUCUGGCGUUAACUCCGUAAUAAAGAUAGUGAUGUUUGAAUUGUCUACUUAAGAGCGCGAUUAAAUGGGAGACAAUGGCUGAAAUUGAAAAGCGGUAAAGAUGAGGUUUUAUAGAAUAGCCACUUGGGCACAGAUUUUUUUUUUUUUUUUUACCGUGUGUGCUACUCCUUUAGCCACGUAAACUGCUCCUGAUUGGUGUUGACGUAGGUAGCACCAGCAGCAGCAGCGGCGGUGAGCAGCAGCCGUAUUCUUAACAAAGCUACCGUGGUCUUUUAAAGGUUGCUACUUUGGUAACAACUUUGCAUGCCAACAUGCUCUAGCUGGAUCCGGACGUGUGGCUUGUUGCGCCCCUGGUUCUGGUUGCAUUUUGCAGAGGAUGAAGCGGGUCGUCUGGCUGAUAUCAGGCUUAAAUAGAAGAAUGAUGAAGCUCCUUUUCGCCUUUGCUUUGAUCGCCUACAUUGUUUCUGUCUGGGGAACAUACACAAACAUGAGAUCAGAGCAAGAACACGGACAGAUGAAGAUCGAGCAGAGAAUUGCUGAAGCUGUGGCUCCACUGAGAGAGAAGAUACGUGAUCUGGAGCAAAGUUUCUCUCAAAAAUACCCACCUGUGAAAUUUCUGUCAGAGAAGGAUCGAAAGAGGAUUUUGAUUACCGGCGGUGCGGGCUUUGUGGGCUCCCACCUGACUGACAAGCUGAUGAUGGAUGGCCAUGAGGUGACUGUGGUGGACAACUUCUUUACUGGGCGGAAAAGGAACGUGGAGCACUGGAUCGGCCAUGAGAACUUUGAGCUCAUCAAUCACGAUGUGGUGGAGCCGCUAUACAUCGAGGUGGAUCAGAUCUAUCACUUGGCCUCUCCGGCCUCCCCUCCCAAUUACAUGUAUAACCCCAUCAAAACCAUCAAGACCAACACCAUCGGCACUCUCAACAUGCUUGGCCUGGCCAAACGUGUGGGUGCCAGGCUCCUCUUGGCUUCUACGUCGGAGGUUUAUGGAGACCCUGAGGUACACCCCCAGAAUGAAGAGUACUGGGGCCACGUUAACCCCAUCGGUCCUCGCGCUUGCUAUGACGAAGGCAAACGUGUUGCCGAGACCAUGUGUUACGCCUACAUGAAGCAGGAAGGAGUAGAAGUGAGAGUGGCGAGGAUCUUCAACACAUUCGGCUCGCGAAUGCACAUGAACGAUGGUCGCGUCGUUAGCAACUUCAUCCUGCAGGCCCUGCAGGGAGAACCUCUCACGGUUUACGGAACCGGUUCCCAAACUAGAGCCUUCCAGUAUGUGAGUGACCUGGUGAACGGCCUGGUGUUAUUGAUGAACAGUAACAUCAGCAGUCCUGUCAAUCUGGGAAACCCAGAUGAACACACCAUACUGGAGUUUGCUCGGCUCAUCAAAAGUCUUGUCGUGAGCCAAAGUCAUAUCAAUUUCCUUCCCGAGGCACAGGAUGACCCUCAGAGGCGAAGACCCGACAUCCGAAAAGCCAAGAUGAUGCUCGGCUGGGAACCAGUGGUUCCCCUGGAGGAGGGCCUGAACAAAACCAUCCAGUACUUCAGCAGGGAACUGGGGCACCAGGCCAACAACCAGUACAUCCCCAAACCCAAAGCGGCCCGCAUAAAGAAAGGGCGACCAAGACACAUCUAGAUAAGUCCGCCUCGCUUGGUGCCAAGGUGCAUCCUGGGAUAUUUAUUUUGGAGAAGAAUACGACUUUUGAUUGUCCUGUUGCCUUGAGGAGGAGCUGUAAGUUGCACUGUUGGGCGCCUGAAUGAGCCUGAAUUAUUUAAAACACAGCCGACUCUUAGCUUUUUUUUGGAAAAACUUUUUUGGGUAGAAUUUUUUGCUUACGCUAUUUAAAUCUCUCGCGGCGCUUCAGUUUUGUGUUCUUAAUAGAUUUAUUUGGAGAUGACAUGAUUAGCACGUCUCCCGGCGGAAGAGACCGUUACUUUGACGAUGUUGCUCCGCUUUGGGGAGCGGCUCACAUCUGGAUGUGAAUCAUUCAUAUCAGGUGAAGAUGAUAUUUUAAUAAAGUAUUUACAAUAACGGCAUGUGGUAAGGACCGUCUCUGGCAAAGAGGAGCGACCCCUGUUACAACGGCUUUUCUGCAGUUGGGAAUACCGGGGGCGGAGUCAGGAUAAUAACUUUAAAGCUGCUUAAGGUGACAGUGAAAAGUAGUGAAAAAUACAUAAUGUCAAAAAAUAUUAAGAAUUUUUUGAAAAAAAAAAGGAAUUUAUUUUAAAUAGAUUUUUAAAAAGAUGAAAAAGUACAGUAAUCCUCAUUUAUCACAGGUAAUUUUUUAUUUUUAUUUAUUGAUUUAAAGAGGGGACAGCCAGUGGCAUCAUUAGGCCUAUUUUAGGGGGGCUUCAGUUCCCCUAAAAUUUAAAAAAAUUCAAAAAUUAUUGAUUUUUUUUUUUAAUCACUGAUAAAUUUCAUAUAAUAGGGCAAAAGCAGACUAAUAAGCAAGCUAAUAAGCAGGCUAAUACUAGAGUAGUAGUACUAGUACUACUACUACUACUGCAUAUAAUACAAUAAAAACAGUCAUUACAAUUAAAUAUAUACCGUAUUUUCUGUACUAUGAGUUGCUCCGGAGUAUAAGGCCAAAAAUGCAUAAUUAGGUUAAAAAAAAAAACUUUGUAAUAUUUUGACAUCAUUUUAGGAGCAUAAAGUUGAAAAACUGUCUUUGUAAAAGUCCUAAAAAAACAAACACAGCAAUGAAUAAAGCUUGGUUGCUGAAAAUGUUAUAUAUGUCAAACUAUUAUGGGAGUAAAGUCAUAAUCACAAGAAGAAAAUGUAAGAUAAAACAGCUGUAAUUUCAGAAAAAAGUGCAAUAUUAUGACGUUAAAUUCAAAAUAUGAGGAAAAAUAAUGUCAUUUUAGUAGCAUAGAGUUGGAAAAAAAGUUUCUUUUUUAAAGUUGUAAAACACAAAGUUGUGAUUUUUGGAAAUUUGGAUGUGAAAAAAGCUUUUGUUUGGUGUUUCAUUGGCAAGUUGAACAAAGCGUAGACUUGGAAGAGAAAUAGAAAAGCAUAUUUAUUGUGUUUUUUGCAUUUUUUCUUCUAGAAGCUAAGUGAUUUCCACACGGAACAAGACUACGUACGUGUGUGCGUUGUGGUCAUUAUAUUGGAUUCCGACCAGGAAGCUGCUUUCUUCUCGCUUAGCUGGGGUGCGUGCUGAUGCUAAUAGUAGUCAUAGUUGACGUUGGCGCCGUGUCGGUAUGAGUUUGGGUCACGGGGGCCGAUUGGCGCGUUCUCAUCGUAGUGAUGCUGACGUCCGUGGUCGGUGGAGCGUGCGUGGUCCAUCCAGUAGGACAGGUCCGUCUCCAGCCUCUGGCCGGAAGGAAGAGAAGCCACACUUGUUAGGUAAAAGUCGCCCGCAGAGACUCGGCGGGCACACAAACGUGCGGACUGUGAAAAGGCCAACAAAGCCUUGACAGCUUUGACCUUUCAGGGACUCGGCGGCAAAGGUCGUCCACGAAGGUGUCGUGCGGAAGAUGCUCAUGUGCGGCUCAAGUGUUAAUAUGUUGUCUUUAGAGGUGUUGGGUCUAAAUGUCAUCGUGCCGUUCUGCGGGUUCAAUUAUUAUUAGAAUUAAUAAUUAUGCCGUUUUGCGUAACUCCUAAGAAAAAAGUAAGGAGUAAAUUCGUACAUCUGUGACAAAGUCGUAAAUUUACAAGACUACUCUAAAUUCCCAUUUAAAAAGAAUCUUACAUUUGUGAGAAAAACGGUCAAAUUUCCGAGGAAAAAGUUAUAUCAUCAGAAUAAAGUAAAUUUAUGAGCAAAAAAAGUCGCAAUUUACGUUUAAAAAAAAGUUGGACAUUUCUAAGAAUAAAGUCGUAAGUUUGUGAGACUAAAGCAAUUAGGAGAAUUAAGUUGGAAAUUUGUUAGAAAUAAUAUUAAAAAACUUCUAAAUUCUACGAAAAAAGGUAGUAAUGUUGCAGGAAUAAAGUCAGAAAUUGACUAGAAAAAGGUUGUAAAUUUCUGAGAAAAAAAUCAUAAAUUCACAAAAAAAAAUGAAGUCAGAAAUUUAUGAGAAAAAAAAGUCAUAAUUUCAGGAAUGAGAUAAAUUUAUGAUAAAAAAUAGUUGUACGUUUACGAGAAGAAAAGUCAUAAAUUCGUACAUCUGUGACAAAGUCGUAAAUUUACGAUAUAGCUGUAAAUUCCCAUUUAAAAAGAAUCGUACAUUUGUGAGGAAAAAUAGUCAUAAAUUUAUGAGGAAAAAGUUAUGUCACCAGAAUAAAGUCGUAAAAAUAUGAGCCAAAAAGUCGGAAUUUACGUUUUAAAAACGUUGGAAAUUUCCAAGAAUAAAGUCAUAAAUUUGUGAGUAAAGUCAUGCAUACGAGACUAAAGCUGUAAAAUAAAAAAAAUUAAAAAAGACACAAUUAGGAGAAUAAAGUAGGAAAUUUAUGAGAAAUAAUAUUACGAGAAUGAAGUCUAAUUUCUACGACAAAAAGUAUACAUUGCGGGAAUAAAGUCAGAAAUUUACUAAAUUUCAGAGAAAAAAGUCAUAAAUUCACAAGAAUAAAUGAAGUCAGAAAUUUAUAUGGGGAAAAAAAGUCAUAAUUUCAGGAAUAAAGUUGUAAAUUUAUUCGAAAAAAGUUGUAAUAUUACAAGAAUAAAUUUGUAUACUUAUGAGAAAAAAAGUCAUAAAUUUACGAGAAUAAAUUUGAAAAUUUAUGAGAAAAAAGUUUUAAUAUGAGAAAAAUUGUUGUAAUCUUGUGAAAAUAAAGUUUAUUUUUUUAUUUUUAUCCUGUAUUAUGAGGAUAAAAUCCUAAUAUUACAUGUCAGAGUAAUAUUUGUCAGCGUAAUAUUACAUGUACCAGAGGUGAGUCAAUACAUUUUGUGCUUUUAAUUUUAUGCAGGAAGCUACUUUUCUAAGAUUCAGACUAAGGAUUAAGAUGGCAUGGCUUUUAAUGUGAAGGCCGGAAAGCGUGUCCUCGUGUGUGAAAGCGUGUAAGAACGCUACUUAUGAGUUCCGACUGAAAUUGGACUGGAUUAACCAAAUCCACCGCCCAUCAUCUCUGGUUUGAGCCUCCAACAAACACACUUGUGACCUAGAUUGGCGCCACAUUAGCAUCGGAUAGCGGCAACAAAAUGUCACAUGUGCUGCAACAUGCAAAUAUAUGCAAAUGAGGCUUUUGUGGAAGUGGAGCUCCAUAUUUUAUUCCCUUUCCUGGAGUAAUUCAUGCCUGGCAAAUGUUGUGCCUCAAGCAUGCAGGCCUUCAAACGGCCACCAGGUGGUGCAAAAAGCCUCUAUUUCCUACUAGUACUUCAAUAUUGAUUAUAUUUCCAGCUUAUAAAAACACAGAUUCAGUAAGACUUGAAAAAUAUCAUUUUGUGGUUCGUCAUCCUAACGAGGUCUACGAGGUAUCUAGUCCUAAAGUUCUCUUCAUGUGACCCCCUACGGUUCCUGGGAAGCCCACCUGCUCGUCGUAGCCCAUGUACAUAAACUGCAUGAUCCAUUGCUGCACGUCUGGUCUGCUGCGGUCCCAAAUGUUCCUCUUGGUGCGCCUCAGCUUUGCUAGGAACUCCUGCGCUUUGGAGGGCGCCAUGGCCACUGACGACUUGGAGGACGAGGAGGAGGAGGAGGAGAAGGAGGCUGGAGGAGCCGCUCCUGCCACUGGAUGGAUGGAUGGCAGAGACAAAACAGCGGACUUUUGAAUGCAUCUCUCGCAUUGGCUAAAAAUGUCAUGUGAUGCGGUGUAGGUAUCUACCAUCUCUUCUUCUGAAGAUCUUGUGCAGAUCCUCGCCACCGCCUGUCACUUCUGUUAGGACCACAGACAACCUGAGGUCAGGUCCACUUCAUCUGUUCAUAUUCACUGUUUGCUGAU